AUGACAGAACCGCGCGGAACGUUUCAUGUCCACGCCGAGGCGGCAACCUACAAUGUCACAAUCGCAGACUACCUGCAAAAUAACCCAACCAUCCAGAAUGUGUGCUUCUCACGUGCCGAACAUGACUUUGCAGGGCUCAUGUGGGAAGUUCCAGGUGGUGCAUGCGAAAGCAACAAGGACAAGACCAUCUUGCACUCGGUGGAAGGGGAAGUCUGGGAAGAAACUGGUCUGCACGUGCGCAGGGUUCGGCGACUAGUAGACCAUCAAGAGUUCCAAGAUAUAGCGGGGACAAUAAAGGGCAGAUAUAUAUGGCGCAAGCUGACGUUUGGAGUGGAUGUGGAAGAAGGGUAUAGCUUAGAUGGUCCGCAGAUGCGCAAAGCCAUUGAUGAGGCCAUCAGGAUGGACCUCAAAGAGCACUGUGACUGGGGAUGGGCAACGGAAGAGAAUAUUGAGAGGGGCGAGUAG